GCAGGCAGGAAUGCGGCCUGGGGAGUUGGGCGGCGGGGCGGCCGCUGCGGCGGCGGGGCGGGGCCGGGUCUCAGCGGCAGCCUCUUACCUGUCCAGGUAGCUCGCAUUUCCAGGCGAGCGGCGGCGCCCGCAGCACCUGUCGCCGGUGCGCGGGCCGGGAGCCCGGCGGGGGACAUGGCCUGGUAGCGGCCCCUGGGGGAGACGGUGCGGAGUUCGGUCCGGGACAGGGCAGGCCGAGGGAGGGGAGGUCCUUCCCGGGGCCGCGGGGCCGCAGGCAGCAUGAAAAAGAACCAGACGGUGCAGGGCACCUUCAGCAAACUCUUCGGCAAGAAGCACGCCAACCCCCCCAGCACCUCCCUCUACGCCACCAACCCCCCCUGGAUUUUCACCCAGGAGGCCCCGGAGGAGGGGAUCCGGGACUUCGGUGGGAUCUAUUAUGGAGAUAAUCGGUUUGACUCUGUGAGUGAGUCAGGGACAGCCACGCUGAAAGCUCGGCCAAGAGUUCGGCCCCUGCUGACCUUCCUUCCACUUAAUGCCCAGGAGAACCAUGGACUGGCUGUGCCCACCCCCUCUGUCCCAGGAGACUUUGCAGACAAAGAAGUGACAGGUACCAGCUCACUCGUCAACGGCAACCUGCGCCUGUACAGCUCUGUGGGUGACCUAAGGCCGGGGCACUAUGGGCAGGACCAACUCAUCCCUCCCCCUCCCCCAGGCCCGGCCCCGGGGCCACCCCCAGGCUUUUCACAGCUUCGGGAGGAAUCCCCCCCACCUCCACCUUCCAUGGCUCCCCCACCACCUCCCCUGCUGCUGGAACCCCCACCCCCACCCACCACGGCCCCACCUCCGCCCCCAGUAUUGGGGGCCCAAGCCCCCCUAUCCACCCUUUCCUCCCCAUCCACACCCACCCCUCCUGACUUCAUUCCUCCUGCCCCACCCUUGGCCUCUCUAGCCCCACCUCCACCCCUUUUGCCGGCCCCAGCACCCCCAGCAUCUCUUCAUACGACGGGGACUCGCUUCUUUCCCCCUGGGGGUGUCACCAAGUGGAAAUCAGAGGUAGCGCUGAACGGCAGGCAGCCGGAGACCCCCAGAACCAGCCCCCCCCAGAGCCCAGCUGAGCCAAAGGGGAGCCUUCUGAGGCCUAAGCCAGAACCCCACCUCACUUUCCCCCGCUCAUUCAAGGUGCCUCCCCCAACCCCAGUCAGGACUUCGUCCAUCCCAACUCAGGAAGCACAGGGGACGCCUCCAGAGGAGGAAGGGGCCACCAAGAAAGCUCCCAAUCGACUCCCACUGCCUCCCAGCUUCCACAUCCGCCCCGCGUCCCAGGCCUAUCCGGACAGGGCCCCUGAGCCUGACUGCCCAGGGGAGCUCAGACCUGCAGCACCAGCCAGCCCCAGGCUGGGCCAGUCCCAGUCCCAGUCCCAGACUAAGGAAUGUACCGAGACUCCUCCGCCAGCCCCUCCCCUGCCCCCUCCUGCACCCCCACUCCCUCCCCCAGCACCGCCACUUCCCCCAGCUGCCCCUCCUUUGCCCACUGCUGAGAAGGCAGCCCCUCCACCUUCUAGGUUUACAAAAAACCCCAAAUCCAGCCCCCCAGCCCCCAACCCCAAACCUAACCCCCCCAGUCCGGAGGACACAGCGUCUUCAGCGCCUGUGGACUGGCGGGAUCCCAGCCAGAUGGAAAAGCUGCGGAGUGAGCUGGCAGCCUAUCUCUGUGGCUCCAGGAGGGAGGACCGAUUUGUCAGCCACAGGGCAGGCCCAACAGCGGCUUCGCAGGAAAAGGAGGGCAAGAAGGGCCCCAGCCUGCCAGAGAAAGAGGCUCCCCCCAGCCUGCCAGAGAAGGAGAUCCUCCCAAGCGUUCCAGAGAAGAGUCCCUCCAGCCUGCCAGAGAAGGUGGCUGCCACCAGCCUGCCCCUCCCCCCUGUGGACUACAUCUCCCAAGACCCCCCAGCUCCCAGUGUCCGGCAGAUCCGGAGCGAGCUGGAGGCCCGGCUCUCCUCAUCAGCAGAGAAGGAAGCCAAGCCCAGCAUAGGGUCUCUGCCGCCCAAGCCUCGGCUAGAAGCGGGAAGAAUCUUUGAACAUACGACGGAUAAUGGCGAAUUCUCUAAGCCUGUGGCCAGGAAUCUGCCGCCUCCAACCACCACCCCUCUGCCAACCACACCACUACAGUCCAAGGCCACAUCUGUGCCCGCCGCACCACCUAAGCCCACACCUGGACCGGCCACACCACCCAAGGUCACGCCUGCGCCAGCCACACCACCCAAGGUCACGCCUGCACCAGCCACACCACCCAAGGUCACGCUGGGGCCAGCCACACCAUCUAAGGCUGUGCCUGAGCCAGCCACACCAUCUGCAGCCACAACUGUACCCACCACAUCAUCCGACCUGACAGCAGAGAAGAAACUGGUCCCCGCUGGGCAGUGGGAGAAGCCAACCCCCCAGGAACUUACAGUGGCCCCCCAGACAGAGGCAGAAGGGCACCCCUCAGAGGCCAGUAAGCCUCCUGCACUGGGAGCCCUCUCAUCUCCAGCCCUCCCACCAAAGAGAUCCCUGGGUGGCGAAGGGGUAGCAUUUCUCUACAAGCCCCAUCGCAGCCAGGAAAGCCCCAGCCAAGAGGCUGCUGUGGCAGUGGGCGCGCUGGCCACAGGGUCGGUGGGAGGGUCACGGGAGCCUGUGGAGGUGAAGGAGCCCCAGGGGCUGCCAGCUAAACCCCCAACCUCAGCCCCGCCUGUCGAUGAACUGCUCAGGCACCCGGUGACCGGGGAGGUGGUGCAGCCCGGCUCCCCCAUGGCUCUGCUCCUUGCGGCCAGGCAGAGGGCACAGAAGGGAAGGCCGGGAGGGGCCGCCCUGGGCCGGUCCUCCCUGCCAGGGAGUCUCCGGGGCCACGGCAGCCAGCCCCAAGCAGGCUCUGACAGCAUCUUCCACAAGGAGGGCCAGCCCAACUCCUUCACUGUGGUCCCCAAGUCACCCAAGGAGGCUGAGAAGGACCCCCAGCCGGCCUCCUCAGCACAGCCUCCGGUACCCAGUCAGUGGAAGCCCCAGCACCCCGGGGACCCAGAGGGCACUGAGCCAAACCACAGACAACACAACGGGACAAAGGCAGGGGCAAAGCCGGCGUUCUCCAUCCUCCCCCAGGGCCGCCUGCUGCCCAAAUCCUUCUCGUCCCCCCCUUCUCCUUCCUGCAAGAGGGAAGAGGAGGAGGACGACGACGACGAGGGGGAGUUCUGCUUUGAGGUCAUCCCGCCGCCGCCAGAGUUCAGCAACGACCCGGAGCCCCCCGCCCCGGCCCUCCGGUAUCUGGGGCGCCGGGCAUCCCCUCCCCGGAACAACUUCUUAGACUUGGGGCAGCCCUUGGCGCCUCGGGGCUUCUCGCGCUUUCCAGCCGGGGCGCACCACGCCGGGGCCGGGGGCCUGGAGCGCUUCGCCGGCGGGGGCCGGUCGCUCAUCAAGAAGCGCCUGUACGUCGGGGAGCCCCAGCGCAGCCCCGGGCAGCCCCGCGGCAGCACCGCCCGCAGCCUGAGUUCCCCCAACUGCUUCGGGCCGCCGCCUGGGGGCCCGGAAAUGCGGCGCGUCAACUCGGCGGGCCGCGCGCCCACCGGCGGCCUGCACGCACAGAGGCUGUCCAUGGAGGGCGCAGCCCGCGGGGAGGCCAAGUUCAAGGCGCCCGGUGGAGAUUAUGGCUUCUCCCCUGCGGCCGUCAGGUCUCCCCACGGAACCCCCCACUAUGGAAGCCCCAUCAAUACAUUCACCGUGAGGCCUGGGACCCGCCAUCCUAUCUCCUAUGCCUACUCGGGGAACCACCGGAAAGCCCCAUCCUGAGCCCAGGGUGUUCUCAGCUCUACUCCAAGGGGUCAGACCUGGGCACUUGUUUUUUGCGGGGGUGGGAGGGACGCAGCAGGUGUUAGGCGGCCUGACUUAAACAUGCAGGAGUCUUUGUUACCCGAACACAGACGGAGGACGAGUGAGGAGCCGUGGGAAGAUGCACAGUGGGUUUCUGUUUCCCAAAGCACUGGCGUGGCUGUGGACUGUCUGCACAUGGGGAUGGGAGGGGGAAGGAGGGAGGAGAGGAGGAACCUUUAAGGGCCUGGAGACCGAGUUUCCGCUAUCUGGUACUGUUUGCUUUAGCACGACUUAAAGCAGUUUUACCAGCGUGGACUCCUGAGCAGGUCCUGAAAGCAAGGGGUGGGGCACUAAGUCUGAAUGGGAAUCCAUCCCAAUGGCUGUGAUUGUCUGUCCAGUGCUCCCAGAGGGCUGAGGCCCAGCUCCAUCUGGGUAGGGGUGUGGGGCACUACACGUUGAGCUCUUUAGCCUCUGCCGGCCCACCACUUGUCACCCCAAGAGGUGAUUCCUAGGUUCCUAGCAUAGAAGCCACAUUGAGGUGGGACCAGGAAUGUGCACAUACAACCUGUGGAGCAGGUACUGGAACAGAGGUCUUUGCAUUGGCCAAGGGUGGGGAUAGCGGGGUGGAUGGUUCAUUUUCCCUGGCUCUGGCCCUUAGCCACAGGGAAGCCUAGAGAGAGAGAAGGAAGACUUGGCAAGUACAGGAUGGGAGACAGAGGAUUAAGUCUUGUUUUCCUACGCAGACCCAGACAGCCAUGAUUUGGGGGAUUGGGCCCAAGGAGCCAGAAGACCUGGGAGCUGGACACCAAGGCCUAACCUAGGCAGAACCCAUUUGGGAUUUGGAGGGGGCAUCCUACCCAACCACCCCUCCCAAUCCCAACACUACAGGUCCCCAAUAUUAUUGGGCUUCAAAAUGCAUAGCGAAGAUGCUGAAAGAUGGGGAGUGGGAGGCGGCAGAGAUGGGCAGGCCCAGACCCGAAUUCUUGGGACCAGUCAAGGCAGGCUGCCUCGGUAAGGAGGAAUGGGAGGGAGUGGCCACCCUCAGAGAAGCAGGCCGGUAGGACAGCCAGGAAGCAGCACCCUGUGGGGGCACAGUGUUGGACCUUUAGGACUUGAGGUCACUAGCCAAGAUACAGGUUGUGGGGACAGCAGGAGAGCCACUUCAGGGAAGGACAGCAGGCACCCCGAUGGCACAGGAUCUGGUUACCUGUGUUCAAGAAGCGAACCCCGCCCCAGACCAGCACUGGCCGUCUAUGUAUGUAUGUGUUUUCCCUGUACAAUGUUUUAUAAAAGAGUUCACUAAUUUAUCUGCUGUGUAAGGUUUGAAGGGUGAGGCAUGGGCUCCCAGCUGUAUGUUGCUCUGGAGUAGGAGGGGAAGGACUGGCUGUCACUUGGCUUGGGAAAUAAACAGGCCAGUGUGGACUGGCCUCAGCUCUGUGGCUGUGGA